UUAGCAGAGGUCCCAUAUUGUUACCUACCAAUAUAACCCCAUAUCUAUAACCCAUAUCUAUAUAUAUAGAUAUUGUUAAUAUCUACCCGUACCUUUAAAUCAGUUUGAUUCAAGAGUUAAGUAACUAGCUUUUUAAAAUAGUGUAAUGGUUUCUUACUCGCAUUUGGUCCUUAAUAGUUUUUACUAGUAUAUACUUUGAAGACUCUACAAAUGUUUUUAACGAACAGUGUUUUAACAUUAUUUGUGUUGGAUAUUGCUUUUGUUUCCGGACAAACUGUUUCAACUGAACUUGGAAACAUCAGAGGAGAAGAGAUCACCAUCAGAGGAACUCUGUUGUAUGUGUUUUCAGGUAUUCCUUAUGCUAAACAGCCCGUGGGUGAUCUGAGAUUUAAAGAUCCAGUGCCUCUAACAAAAUCUUACUCUGGAAAUCUUUUUGAAGCUACACAAAAUAAGAAAACAAGAUGUGUUCAGUUUUUAAAAUCUGCAAACAAAGUUAUAGGCCAGGAAGAUUGCUUGACUUUAAACAUUUAUACAACUACAUUAGAUAGUAGUGCCGGUUAUGAUGUUCUUGUUUUUAUCCAUGGAGGUGCAUUUCAAUAUGGAUCGGGACAUCCACAGACGCCUGAGUACAUUUACAACCAUGAAAAGAAACUUGUUUUUGUCUCCAUAAAUUAUCGUUUGGGGCCUUUUGGCUUUUUGAGCACAGGUGAUGAAGUGGUUCCAGGAAAUAUGGGGUUGAAAGACCAAGUUGUUGCUUUGGAAUGGAUAAAUAGAAACAUUAAAAGCUUCGGAGGAAACCGUAACAAUAUUGUGCUGGCGGGAAUGUCAGCAGGAGGAGUGGGUGUGCAUCUUCACUAUAUGGCUCCGUUGUCGAGACAUUUGUUCUCAAAAGGAAUCUCAAUGAGUGGAGUGGCCCUGAGCAAACUUACAAAGACCUGGAAAGCCAGUGAAGGCUUUGAAAACUUGGCCAGUCUGUUUCCCGAUUGUGAAAAGGAGAAGAGCACUCAAAAAAUAGUUGACUGCCUAACUAAAAUUCCUGCCUAUGAACUCAAUGGAAAACUUGUAUCUCAAAAUCGUCCAUGGGGAGAUUUCAACACAUACGAAUACUUUGGACCAGUCGUUGAGAAAGGAAGUCCUAAACCCUUUUUAGAUGAAAAUCCUUUCCAUCUUCUGAGGAAAGGUAAAAUAAAGAGCGCUCCGUGGCUGGUCAGUGCUACUACAGCCGAGGGACUCUUUCAUGCUGAUGAUUUUAUUGACCAUGACAGUAAAAUGCAAGAAUUGGAUCAAAACUGGAGCCUAAUAUCUCCCUAUUUACUUCAACUCAAGGAAUAUGCUGAUGAAAGUGAUCUACCAGAUAUAAGUGACAAGGUUAGAAAACACUACCUGGGGGAUAAGAAGAUUUCUUCUGAAACGCUUAAUGAAAUUAUUAGAAUCAUCAGUGACCGUUUGUAUAUGAACUCAAUAGAGCAUUCUGUAAGGCUGCACGCCGCCGCCUCGAGAGCUCCUGUCUAUAUGUACAUAUUUGGUUACAAAGGUAAACAAAGUUUUUCCAAAUAUUUAAGAAGGUCAAAGUCAAAUGUAGGCGUAUGUCACAUUGACGAUUUGAUUUAUCUUUUGAAGAUGGGGAGGUUUGAUCCUCACAAAGACUUGGAUGUACACAACAUAAUGGUGAAGACGUGGAUUAGUUUUAUAAAAAGUGGAAUACCUGAUACAGGCACUGGUGUUCAAUGGCCCCCAGUAUCUAGUGGCAUAACUUAUAUUGGCAAUAUCGACUAUUUGCUUAUCGACGACAAGAUACCAAAAUCAAUGUCCAGAUCAGAGAUAAGUGAGAGAAUCUUCUGGGACAGUUUGCCUCUCAAAGAGCUUCACAUCUCGGGUGAUUUACAUGUUCCGAAAUAUUUUCAAGAUCAACAGAAAAAUAAUUGGUUUCCCAGCAUUGAUGAACUUAAAAUACAAGUGAUCAUUGCUAGGAUUCAGCGAAUGAAAGUUUUUGCUAACAUCUUGAAAAAGAGAAUAAAAAGGAGCAGUAAGAAAAAAACUGGUAAAUAGUUCUUGUGUGAGUUUAAGAAUUCUAAUCUUUUAAUUCUCUAGCAUUCAGACAAUUGUUGCAAGUUUUAACACAUUUUCUCUGAUUAAAUUCUGUUGCACAAUUAC